AUGGUUGCACAGAAGCUUGAUGGCACUGCCAUCGCGAAGAAGAUUCGCGAGAGGAUUGCCAAUGAGAUUGCUGAGAAGCAAAAGCUCAACCCACGCUACAAACCAUGCCUCAAGAUCAUCCAGGUUGGUGCUAGGCCAGACUCUUCGACGUAUGUGCGAAUGAAGCUCAAGGCUGCUUCUGAAGCAAACAUCAGCUGUGACAAGCUUGAGUUUCCUGAAGAUAUUACUGAGGCUGAGCUCCUUGCCAAGCUCCACCAGCUCAACAAUGACUCUAGUGUCAAUGGUAUUCUGGUGCAGCUGCCACUCCCCAAGCACAUCAACGAAUACACCAUCACCUCUGCUGUCGCUGACGACAAGGAUGUUGAUGGCUUCGGAACCGUCAACAUUGGUGAGUUGGCCAAGAAGGGAGGUCAGCCUCUGUUUGUCCCAUGCACGCCCAAGGGUAUCAUGGUCCUGCUUCAGGAAGCUGGUGUUGAACUGAGUGGCAAAUAUGCUGUUGUUCUGGGCCGUAGCGACAUUGUCGGCAGCCCUGUCAGCUACUUGCUCAAGAACGCUGAUGCAACUGUUACCGUGUGCCACUCUAGGACUCAAGGGCUAGAAGAGCACUUGAAGCGGGCAGAUAUCGUUGUGGCUGCCAUUGGAAAGGCCAAGUUCGUCAAGGGAGAGUGGCUGAAGCCUGGUGCCGUGGUCAUCGAUGUUGGCACCAACUACAUUCCUGACGAUACCAAGAAAUCUGGCCAGGCCCUUGUUGGUGAUGUGGACUUCGAGACAGCGUCUGAGGUUGCAUCGGUCAUCACACCUGUACCUGGUGGUGUCGGUCCCAUGACUGUAGCCAUGCUGCUUCAAAAUGUUGUAGACUCUGCCAACACCUACCUAGAGAGACAGACGCAGAGACACAUCGAGCCUUUAGCGCUCCACCUGAAAACGCCAGUUCCUUCUGACAUUGAGGUCUCUAGGGCCCAGACGCCGAAGCAUAUCACCAAGAUUGCUGAGGAGGUUGGUAUCUCCGCUCACGAGUUGGAGCCAUAUGGAUCCUACAAGGCAAAGGUCGACCUCAGCCUGCUCAAGCGACUUGAGCACCGUAGAAAUGGUCGUUACGUUGUUGUCACAGGUAUCACGCCCACACCGCUUGGAGAGGGCAAAUCAACCACCACCAUGGGUCUCGCGCAGGCUCUCGGCGCUCACCUAAACCGAAUCACUUUCGCCAACGUGCGACAGCCCAGUCAAGGUCCUACUUUCGGAAUCAAGGGAGGUGCUGCUGGAGGUGGCUACAGUCAAGUUAUCCCUAUGGACGAGUUCAACCUACAUUUGACCGGUGACAUCCACGCAGUCACUGCCGCCAACAACCUGCUCGCUGCUGCUAUCGAGACUCGUAUCUUCCACGAGAACACCCAAAAGGAUGGUCCUCUAUACAAACGCCUCGUGCCCGCGAAGAACGGAAAGAGACAAUUUGCCCCUGUCAUGUUCAGGCGGUUGACGAAGUUGGGUAUUGAGAAGACAAACCCGGAUGAGCUCACUGAAGACGAGAUUCACCGCUUUGCCCGACUAGAUAUUGACCCCGAGACUAUUACUUGGAAACGUGUUCUUGAUGUCAACGAUCGUCACUUGCGUGGCAUUACCGUCGGUACGGCCGCGACAGAGAAAGGCCAAACACGAGAAACUGGUUUCGACAUUUCUGUGGCCAGUGAAGUCAUGGCAAUUCUCGCCUUGAGCACUGAUCUUCCCGACAUGCGUGAGCGUCUUGGCCGCAUGGUGGUAGCCACUUCUCGCUCAGGCGACCCUGUCACUUGUGAUGACCUCGGUGCUGGUGGUGCCUUGACAGCCUUGAUGAGGGACGCAAUCAAGCCCAACUUGAUGCAAACACUGGAGGGCACGCCCGUUUUCGUUCACGCCGGACCUUUUGCCAACAUCUCCAUUGGCAACAGCUCAAUCAUUGCUGACCGGUUGGCUCUGAAGCUCGCCGGAACGGAGCCAGAUGAGGAUCACAAUGCCAAGACCGGUUUCACUGUUACCGAAGCCGGAUUUGAUUUCACCAUGGGUGGUGAGCGUUUCUUCAAUAUCAAGUGCCGUACUUCCGGUCUCGUGCCAGAUGUUGUCGUCAUUGUCGCUACCGUUCGCGCUCUGAAGGUUCACGGUGGUGGUCCGCCUAUUGCUCCUGGCGCCGCCCUCAAUGCGGUCUACAAGGAGGAGAACGUCGAAUUUGUGCGCAACGGUUGCGUCAACCUUGCAAAGCACAUCCAGAACGCUAAGAGUUUUGGUGUACCGGUCGUGGUUGCUGUCAACAAGUUCGCUACUGAUACCGACGCUGAGAUUGCUGCUAUCCGGGAGGAAGCUAUCAAGGCCGGUGCCGAAGACGCCAUUCUGGCCAAUCACUGGGCUGAGGGUGGUAAGGGUGCUGUUGAUUUGGCCAAGGGUGUUAUUGCUGCUUCUGAGAAGCCCAAGGACUUCAAGCUUACUUACGACCUUGAUGGCAGCGUGCAGACACGUAUGGAGGCUAUUUGCCAGAAAAUGUACGGCGCCAGCGCUGUUGAGUUCUCCGAACUCGCACAAAAGAAGGUCGAUACCUACACGAAGCAGGGCUACGGCAAUCUGCCCAUCUGCAUGGCGAAGACACAAUACUCGCUUAGCCACGAUCCCGACUUGAAGGGUGCACCUUCCGGGUUUACCGUUCCCAUUAGAGACGUGAGAAUGGCCGCUGGUGCUGGUUAUCUGUACGCCCUUGCUGCCGACAUCCAGACUAUUCCAGGUCUGCCUACGGCACCCGGAUACCUUAACGUGGACGUGGACUGCGAGACGGGCGAAAUCGACGGUCUGUUCUAG